AUGGGGACAGCGGCAGGCAGUAAAGCGUACUUCCAGAGGGGCAGUCUGUUGUGGUUCACCGUCAUCAUCCUUUCAUUUGGGUAUUACACGUGGGUUGUCUUCUGGCCUCAGAGUAUUCCUUACCAGAGCCUAGGGCCGCUGGGCCUCUUCACUCAGUACUUGGUGGACCAUCAUCACACCCUCCUGCGCAGUGGGUAUUGGCUUGCCUGGCUGAUUCACGUGGGAGAGGCCUUAUAUGCCAUGGUUUUGUGCAAGUCUAAAGGCAUCACGGACGGUCGGGCUCAAGUGCUGUGGUUCCUACAAACUUUCCUCUUUGGGGUGGCAUCUCUCUCCAUCUUAAUUGCUUACAGACCAAAACGCCAAAAACAAACUUAA